CUUUUUUCAUCUUCUGCUGGUGUUGGAAGGCGACGGUUGGAAGCAGCAUCCAAACCCAACUGCCAAAGACUAAUGAGAAUUCCCUGCUUAUCAGAUUGGUUUCUCGGCAAUGCGAUUCCCAAUUGCUUCUCCAAGUUCAAAACUCGCCAAUGGCGUUUGGAGGAUCAAAGAGUCGUCGUCGUCAUCUAGUGGGAAAUGGCACCAAGGUUUCACCCAUUUCCGUAAUCUGAACAAAGCUGGAGUUCGAUUCACAGGGACAGAUCCUUCGUUAUUCCAUCCCAUUCUUAAAUCAUUCGCAAACCUCUCGUUCAAACAUGGGGAGUCUGUGCACGCUUGUUUCGUCAAGCAGGGGUUGGAAUCGUUCUCUUCUAUUGGAAACUCUCUCAUGGACUUUUACAUGAAAUCUGGGGCACUCAGUUCCGCAUUGGGCGUUUUUGAUAGCACGAGAAAUAAGGAUUCCGUUUCAUGGAAUAUAGUGAUUCAUGGGCACCUUGUUCACGGUGCUUUGCAGCAAGGCAUGUGGAUGUUUCUGGAAGGUAGGGUUGCAGGAUUCGAGCCCAAUAAUGGAACGUUGGUGCUCGUAAUUCACGCAUGUCGAAGUCUUAAAGCUACGUACGAAGGACUGAAAUUGCAUGCUUACUUAGUUGUGAGUGGGUUUUGGGCCAUUGCGUCUGUUCAGAAUUCUCUUUUGAGUAUGUAUGCUGACAUUGAAAUGGAAAGUGCAGGAAAACUGUUUGAUGAAAUGAGUUAUAGAGAUUUGAUUUCCUGGAGUGUGAUGAUUGGGGGCUAUCUGCAAAGUGAAGAAGCUGAGGUCGCCUUUGGUUUGUUCCGGGAGAUUGUAACUAGAAAUGAAUUUGAAGUAGAUGAACAAUUAAUGGUAAACGUAAUUAAGGCCUGCGUUCACCUCGGGGAACUUAGCAUCGGAAGACUGGUUCAUGGUUUUGUGAUCCUUAGAGCCUUCAAUUAUGAUCCGUUUGUUGGGAAUUCUUUAAUUGACAUGUAUUCCAAGUGCCAUGAUACUGAAUCUGCCUUAAAAGCAUUCAUGGAGACGCCUAGUUGGAAUAUUGUUUCGUGGAAUUCUCUCUUAUCUGGAUUUGUUAGUGAUGGAAAGUAUUCAGAAGCUCAAAUGGUGUUUGAUUCUAUGCAGAAGGCUGGAGCCGAGGCUGAUGAGGUGACUCUGGUAAAUCUUCUCCAAGCGUGGAAGCAUUUUUUGGAUCCAGUUCAUUGCAAAUCCAUUCAUUCGGUAAUAGUCCGUCGAGGUUAUGAAAAUAAUUAUAUAGUGAUCAAUUCUUUAAUUGAUGCCUAUUCAAAAUGCAAUCUCAUUAGACCUGCGUGGAACUUAUUUAAUCUGAUUAAGAGAAGAGACACAGUAACAUGGAGUACAAUGAUUGCUGGGUUCACCCGUUGUGGGAUGCCCGAUGAAGCCCUUUAUCUCUUCCAAGAGAUGAGCCAAGUAGAAAACAAGCCGAAUGCCAUUACCCUAUUGAAUCUUCUUGAGGCUUGCUCUGUUUCUGCUGAACUGAAAAGAUCAAAAUCAGCUCAUGGCAUUGCAGUUCGCAGGGGCUUGGCUGGAGAAGUAGCAGUUGGCACUGCAAUUGUCGAUAUGUACUCAAAAUGUGGAGCAAUAAAAGCUUCAGAAAAGGUUUUUGAUCAAAUUCCCCAGAAAAACAUUGUAUCAUGGAGUGCUAUGGUUGCAGCAUAUGGCAUGAAUGGCCUCCCUCGUGGUGCCUUGGCUUUAAUUGGCAAGAUGAAAGCCCAUGGUCUGAAACCGAACCCAGUGACAACACUGUCAGUGUUGUCUGCAUGUAGCCAUGGGGGGUUAAUUGAGGAGGGACUGUCAUUUUUCAAAGAAUUAGUUCAAGAUCAGAAUAUCGAACUAAAGCUAGAACAUUAUUCAUGCGUGGUGGACUUAUUGGGCAGAGCUGGGAAGCUUGAUUGUGCAAUGGAGUUGAUCAAGAGCAUGCCUAAUGGUUUUAAGGCUGGUGCAAGUGCAUGGGGGGCAUUGUUGAGUGCCUGUAGGAGUCAGGGGAACAACCAGCUUGGCGCUGAUGCUCUUUCUCACAUUCUUGAGUUGGAGCCAUCCAACUCAGCAGGAUAUUUGCUUGCAUCAAGCAUGUAUGCAGCAAAUGGGUCAUGGGUUGACGCUGCCAGGAUGAGAUGGUUGGCGAAGGAGAGAAGGGUGGGGAUGGUGUCUGGUUACAGUUUGGUGCAUGUGAAUAACAAAGCAUGCAAGUUUGUUGCGGGAGAUAAAAGUCACCAAUCUUCUGGUGCAACAUACCUUCUGAGUGAGCAACUGCAUGCCUGUAUGAGAAAAGACAAGAGAUUAGAUGAGCCUUUUUUUGACUAGUUGAAACCUUUUGUCAGAGUGCACCUGGUUUGUGCGCUGUUACAGUUACGGGUGAAUUUAUCCAGUACACACUCAAGGGAAGUGGGUAAAGAGGAAACCUUCUAUCCUUUGGCCCAAUUGUCUCUGUACGUUUCCAGGGGAUUAAACACUUGUCAUUAAUGUACACUAAUCUUUUCUUUGUUUCUUUCUUCUUCUUCUUCUUCAGGAUGUGUACUAAUCUUUUAUUAUGUUAUAAAUGGAAACACAUGGUAUUGCCAAAUCAUUCACGGUCUUGCCUGUCAAUUGUAGCACAAGCUCUGGAUAUGAGAAACUCACUGCCAAACUGGCUUGGGUCGGCACAUUGGAAGCCUAGUUUAAGAUGCUGUAGAAAGAUCAAUUAGGGCUUCAUACAUAAGUAUCAGCUGUACAUUUAUAUGCAGUUUUUUUAUUUUUCUUUUUAAGCUAGAUGUAUUUUUUUUACCUUGACUCAUCAUGUCUGUUAUGCUCAGCAUCUUAAGUUUGAUCUGUAUCUUAAGUUUUGAUUAGGAAUAAAAUGUCUGUUAUGCUGAAUAGCCAAUUGAGAAUGUCUCACAGUUGUGGU